CGCGCACCGGUCCCUUGUUUUGAACACUUCCGGUUUAGUUCACUCGUCAAGAACUCGCGAAAUUCGAUUGCUUAAUUCGAAAGACAAUGGCGUGGGAGAUGUUGAUGUACCCACUGACGGCCACGGUAGCUGUGGUGUCCAGCCUAGUGGUGCUCUACUUCACAAGCCCCUCCCUGCUCAUCCAGACUGCCAUGAAGUAUUACAUCUUUGCAAGUGGGAUGCAGGUGAAGUUUGUCGGUGAUGACCGCUUCAUGUUCUGUUACGGGGAGCGAGGGAUCAGGCGGAAGGACAAGUCGUCUAUUCUGCUCAUCCACGGAUUCACCGCCUCCAAGGACCAGUGGCUGGCUCUGUUUAAGAGUCUCCCCAAAGACCUUCACCUUCUAGCAGUUGACCUACCAGGUCACGGGGAUACAACCACCCCGAAGGAUGACCAGGACGUGUCGAUGUCAGAACUUGUUGGACUCUUGCAUCAGUUUGUAUGUCUAUUGGGACUGGAUGAGCAGCCGUUCCACAUUGUGGGUACAUCCCUGGGUGGAGCCAUAGGAGGUCUGUACACUGCCAAGUACAGCAGCCAUGUGGAGCGCCUCACUAUGAUCUGCCCUGCCAUGAAGACGCCAAUAGAAAGCGAGUUCUCGUUGUCGAUAAAGGCAGCCAUUGAUCUGGGGCCAGACAACAUCGACGUCAGCCAUUGUCGUCUGCUGCCCGAGACACCGGAGCAGACGCAGAAGUUGCUGGACACCUGUCUGUAUCACAAACAACCAAUCAACCGUCAGAUUCUGAAAGGAAUUAUAGCUUUAAGGGAAGACAAAAAUAUUUUUUUUCUCCGCUUGUUUAAAAGUCUGGCGAGGCAGGAGAACGUGACUGUGCUGGUGGAGAAAGCCCAGGACAUCACCCGCCCGACGCAGCUCGUGUGGGGGGAGCAUGACGAGUUGAUUGACAAGAGUGGCGCCGAACUUUUGAAGGAAGUUUUGCCGAACUGUGAGCGUGUUGACAUGAUAGAGCGGUGUGGACACUCUGUGAAUAUGGACAGACCGGGAGCUGUUAUGAAGACCAUCCUGGUAUUCCGCGGAGAAUACGACCGAAAAAACAUUUGAGGGCCAGAAGACUGAAAGGAAGCGCCUCCUGAUGAGAAAAAGGAGGGCGUUUCAUUGACUGAAUGAAUGUAGAUAGAUUUAUGUUUAUACAAGUUUACAUAACCAAUGAAUCUAGAAGUCUCGGUUUGACCGACCAAGAUAUAUAUACUGUUGGUAUUACUGUUUGUAGUUUACUGUUAAAGGGAGACUCCACUCAACGGCCUGAUGUCCGUUUCAGAUGUAGAGUUGUAUCAGUGAGCGAUUAUGACAGUUAACUGCUAGCUUGAUCUAAAAUAUAUACUGCUCAACUUUUGAUAGGGGUAAUCCGAUAUCUUGUUUUAUUUAAAUAUACACACUUGACAUAAGAGAAAAGUUUUGUGUAACAAUGCAAGAUAAUAAUAUCCCUAUCAAACUUGGGUAGUAUAUAUCAUUAAAUUUGAAUUCGUAGUUAGCAACGUUUCUUUGUAAUUAUUUUACGAACCUGAGUCAAAGGCUGAUGAAAAGUCAGUAACACCUUUGCCUUGGGAAGAUGCUUGCCUAGGUGCUACCACAGUAACUGACUCGGUUGAGUUCACAAUCCAGAGUGCCUCGAUAUAUUUCUGGCAAUUCUUUAUUUAGUUAGUAAUCUAGAUAUACUAAAACUUCAUUUGACAGAUCCCAUAAAACAUUCAAUAUUUACCCAAAAACUUGGAAGUCAACUGUCAACUGAGAAUACUUAUUAUGUUUACAUACAGUCUUCUGGUCAAUAUUGGGGGCGGUCGGGUAGCCUAGUGGUUAAAGCGUUCGCUUGUCAUGCCGAAGACCCGGGUUCGAUUCCCGACAUGGGUACAAUGUGUGAAGCCCAUUUCUGGUGACCCCCGCCGUGAUAUUGCUGGAAUAUUGCUAAAACCAAACUCACUCACUCUGGUCAAUAUUGACAACAUUUAGUCUCAAAUGAAAAUAUUUCAAAACUUUUUUAUUUUAUUUUUUUGUCUUUUGAGAUAUGAAAGAGCCUGGGGAAUCUCUUCAGUUUCAACUGAAGAAAUCUAGACUUGCCAAAGUAUUGUAGGCUUCCUUCAAUGUUUUCCGAUAUGUUUGCUUGAGUGUCUAAAUGGUGCUAUUACUAGUGGAGUCAUCCAGAUUUCGGCUACAAGUCAUGGAUGUAAUGGCCGUUGUAUGCAUGUAAAUGUUCAUAGCAGUCAUCCCGAUUAUGUUGUCUGGAUAAACAGGGUGCAGACUAACAAGGUUUUAUUGUUGAAGUAAACUGUGGAUCAUUAGCGAAACACUACCCAGAUUAUACAGUUAGAAGCAGUCUUGAGUCAACAGAUUUUGUGUAGGGGCACGGGCGGCCCAGUCGUUUAAGGCGCUACGAUUUGCCUUGCAGAGUUGCGUCCCUUGGGAGCACCAGAAACCUAUGAUUGUGGGUUCGAAUUCCAGUUCUCCCCGAUUAUGUUUCUGGGUUUGUCAGCACCA